CAACAAUACAGUAAUCCACAAGAUCGCCUUCUUCAUAUUAUUGAUGAGUUUGUGAAACAAGUGGAGCUGAGCCCUAGCUACAUGGAGAGCCAUUGUAGAUGCCCUCAGGGAACCACUCAUUUCCGAACCUCGCUUGGCUCGAGAGAUUGAGGGGAAGUUUUGUCCACUAGCCCCUUCAGAAACUGCAGUUUCCGUGGCUGUGUCGGUAUGAAGUGCCGUUUAUCUCAGAACUA